AUGACUCUGAGAUUCAAUCAGUUGAAAGAAGAGUCCCUGAAAUUGCGUCUGUUUCCUUUUUCUUUGAAGGAAAAAGCCAAAUCUUGGAUAUAUGCUUUGCGGCCUCAGUCAAUUAGAACCUGGGAUGAACUUACAAAAGAAUUUUUCAAAAAGUUCUUCCCAAAUCAUAAAACAGCCACCAUUCGUCAGGAUAUAAAUAGUUUUGUUCAACUAGAUAGUGAGACAUUGUCCAAGUAUCUAGAGCGAUUUUACGAUUUGUUACUCCAAUGUCCUCACCAUGGUUUAGAACAGUGGAGACUAUCAACAAUUCUAUAUGAAGGGUUGGAUUUUGCCACUCGAACCAUGUUUGAAGCAAUGUGCAAUGGUGAGUUCACAGAUAAAAGUGCCGGCGAGUCGUGGGCCUUUUUACAUGAAUUUUCCGCGAAAACUCAACAAUGGGAGUCGGUUAGAGAACCUAAGAAGUCGACUAAAAUGGGUAGUGUUCAUAAGAUAGAGUCUGUUUUUGAGGGUAAUGAAAAAAUCGCAUCUCUAGCUACGAGAGUUGAGGCUUUAAAACUGGAGAAAAAUAUAAAAUCAGUUGUAUCUACUUCUUGUAACCUAGUUGAGGUUUCUAUUUGUGAUGUGUGUAAUAGUUCAGACCAUCUAGUCGAAAGUUUUCCACAAAUGCAUGCAUUUCAGGAGUCUAGAAUGGAAGAGGCCAAUGUUUUGUAUCAAAAGCACGAGAAUAACCCCUAUUCUCAGACAUAUAACCCAGGGUGGAGGAACCACCCUAACCUUUCAUGGUCCAAGGGCCUUGUACAAGGGGGUGCAUCAGGAAACGCACAAGGAUACUCAUAUCCUAGAAACCCCGAGGUACAAUCGUACACACAACACCCUUCUGAGAAAAAAUUGUCUAGCAUUGAAGAAAGUGUCGGUCUGUUGACCCAAAAUAUUUUGCAAAUUCAGAAGGCCACUGACCAACAUUUUACUAUUCUAGAACUUAAAAUGGGUCAGAUUUGUGAUGCACUUAAUGAAAGGGAAAAGGUAAUUGAUAACAAUGUAAGCAUGCCUGGAAAGAGUGAGUCUGUGUCUAAGUCACAAUUGCAUAAAACAUCGCAUGAUAUACCAGUUGUGGAAAAUGACUCUGAGCAUCUCCCUAGAACUGAAAAGUCUGUUGAUAUUAAUGUUUCUGUGCCAUCGAAUGUACCUAUAGCUCCUUUCCCUCAAAGGUUGGAACAACAAAAGAAGGGAUCACAGUAUCGCGAUAUAUUGGAAUUGUUCAAACGAGUUACAUCAACAUUCCAUUUCUCGAAGCAAUCAAGUAGAUCCCUGCUUACGUUAAGUUCCUGA